AUGAACGGGACUAGUGCAGACGAUCUCCAGAAAGCCGCGCUGGAAAUAAGACCCAACCGCACAAGCCCCCGUAAGGUUGAAAGAACCAGGUGGGGUCUCUUGAACGACAGUUCAUGGGCGCAUCAGCAGGGGGAGACCUCCAAAUGCCACUACGCCUGCACCUCGGAUUCAGUCCAUCCGGCAAGAACGCAAUUUCACCCCCGUUUAAAUCACAGCGAGGAAAAUCUCGAUCACCAACUCACCCGAUCAGAGGAAAUGAGUAACCUUGACUCAAAUCUCAAUGCGAUUGACACAGGAGGGCCUUUUGGUGAAAUCGGAUGUCUUGAAACCCCUUCGAUGGGUGACUUCACCCUUUUCACUUCAAAUACGAGCGACUUCUCAACAUAUUCACCCUCUACGCUACAGAUCCAAGGAUUCUCGGCUAGUCUGUUGACAUCUCACCUUUGCGGAUCUGAUGCUCACUGGCAAAGCGAAGAUUACCGCGGUGAUGAUAGCACACCACGGUACUAUUCAGGUAAUCCACAUUACCCUGUGGAUAGCCCUAUUUCCAGGCAAGAUACUAGCUACCUGGCCGUGGGUUCUUCGCCUCAAGUCUUCGCCGAAAUGCCGAUGACCGGGCAAUGGCCCUCAAACUACGAUGACUACUCAAUUGGCCUGCAUUCGGAUUCGUUGUUCUGUCCAUACUAG